AUGUCACCGCCGCCGGCCUAUGGAUCGCUGCGCCUCAAGUCCAAGACAGGUUGCCUCACAUGCCGAGCUCGCCGCAAGAAGUGCGACGAACAGCAUCCCACGUGCUUUGGCUGUCAGCGCAACCAUCUCAUCUGCACCUGGCCAUCAUCUGCCACUCAGAACACCAAAUCAGCAAACACGUCAGAUAGCGUGCCGCGCGAGGCGGCCCCGCCUCGUCGUCCUGUCGUAGGAUUGAGCAAGGGAGCACGCGGUGGCGGCGGCAACGGCAGCGGCACGACCACACAGCAAGUCGUUACACCAGACAAAAAACAAAUGCGGUAUUUGCUUCCCCUACCUUGCACUGAUGUAUAUCCGGCCCUCGGAAAUGGCAUGCCUGGGCUGCGAAACGAGAGCGAAAAGCACAUCUUUGAUCAUUACAUCAAGGUAACGGCUACGGAAAUAGCCGGCCGCAUAGUACCCAUCAACCCUUUUGUAAGCUAUCUUUUGCCCGUGGCGUACCAGGAUACGCGAGUUGUCGGGUGUUUGUUAGCAUUGAGUGGAGCCCAUCUGCGUGGCUACAAGGGUGAUCGGUUCGAGCAUGAUGCACGAUCCUACUACGCAGUGACACUACGCAGCGUCAAGCAUGGGCUCCUCGACUGGAAGGAGUCUAGCACUCAGAACCUCAUUAGCCUCCUCAUCGUCAUGUUGGCUAUGUGUUGGUUUGAGAGCCUAUCCAGUGAAAUGAAUGGCAGUGUCUACCACCACCUCCGUGCUAGCCGCACUGUGUUACUCGAGCUUAGAGGUCGUCACAGUAGCCACGGGCCAUUACUGGAAUUUCUCACAGAAAUCUAUGCCUUCUUGGCCAUCAACUCGAACCUGACUCUCAAUACGGAUUUUGCCGUUAGUCGCCACAUUCCAUAUGAUGACUUCUUGUCACCAGAAGCGCUUAAUUCACUCAACUGGGGCACCGAAUCACAUGGAGUACUAUUGGGGUCGUGCCAUGAGUUGCUUGGUCUCAUCAUGCCCAUAGCAGAGUCGGCACGGCAACAUGUGCGUGAGCCAGAUCCUGUUAGGAAAGCCGAAGACAAGCGCCACUUCGAAAGAUUGAUCAAAGCCUGGAAGCCCAGUCCCUCGUUGUUGAUCAAAGACGAUCCCGACGAGCGGAUAGCUGGUCAAAUCCAACAGCAAGUCCUGUUGAUCUUCCUUCACACGAUGUUCCACGGCAACGAGAGGCCUACUGCUUCCCUUAUGCAAACAGUGGACGAUAUCCUCGACCAAAUGAUCGAAAUUGCGUCCAAAUUUUCGCCUAAAUCGCGCGUCCACUCGACCAUGAACUGGGGUGCGCGUAUCGUAGGUUCGGUUUGCCGCAAAACUCGACACCGCGAGAUGAUGAGAGCACAAAUGAACACUGCCCCAGAGAACAAGCCAAGGGUAAAACCAACAUGGGCUUUUCUCGAAGACCUGUGGGUCGAGAUGGACAAGGAUGAAGGUGUAUAUGGUCCACGUGGCAUCGAGAUAAUGAUGCGAAAACGAAACAUAAAUCUCGGCUGUGCUUGA